AUGAGUGAUAAUAUUGACGGGAGUACUCUUAACCAAAUUAUUAUUGAAAAUGGUAACGCACCGACGACGCUGACUGACAUUAAAGAACUAGGUUGGGACGAUAAGGAAUUUGUCAAAUCUAAGCUUUGUAUCAAUGAAAUUUCUGAUAAAGACAAAUCCUAUAAUCCUAAAGACAAACCCAAGGUUUAUAUCAAUGAAAUUUCUAAUAAUCAAUGUGUAGUUAUACAAAGUGAAUAUUGCUUAUUGUUCAAUCUGGAAAAAGGAAAAAUCAUCGAGUAUCCUGAGAAGAUUGGAAACAAAAUCAAAAAAGACAACGAAGGAAAAGAAACCCCUAAAUUAAUGAUGUUGAGAAGAAGCAAUAAAGAUAAAAAAAAAUAUAAAAUAUAUUCCAUGGAAUAUAACAGCAAUGCUGAUAACCAUUAUUUAGAACUUCUCGAUACACAUAAUAUUUAUAGUGAUGAAACCCCAAAGAUUUAUUACGAUGACAAUCAUUUUCUUGCUGCUGCUAGUCAUUCAUUGAUAUCGGAAUGGAAUUAUUGCUAUAAAAGUUAUCAUUAUGAAAAAAAUUUUUAUUUAAAAUAUAAUGAUUAUAUUGUUCUUAAUAAACGAAAUAAGGCGGAAGAAGCUUUGAUGGUGGCUGAUUAUCGUCGAAAUUCAAAGCUAGUAGUCUACUCAUUAGAGCGUAAUAUAACAGUUUCAUCAUUCGAAUUUAAGGAAGAAGUUCAUAUUAAAAAAGUAGAUUUCGUUUAUGUGGACAACGGCACAUUUGGAUGUCAGAUUAAAGAUCUCAUUGCUAAUAAUGAGUAUAAGGGACUAUAUGCAAACCCUAUCAUUGAAGAUGGAAAGGAUUAUAAAUGGACCAUAACUCAUAAUAAAGAAUUUCAACGUAUAAACAUAAGAGUUCUAAACAAAGACAAAAAAAACAGCAACAGUAGUAGUGAAUAUGAUAGUGAAUAUGAUUUAUCACAUGAUGAAACAUUCAUUAAAUGCAAGUUAUUUCAUGAUGGCUUGAUCUUAAUAACAACAAAUUAUAUACAAAUUUUUGCUGUUGAUGAUGAAAAAAAAUUAAUAUAUGUUAGAUAUAUUAAAAGUCAUAACUUGAGUAUAGAAAGUUUAAAAAAAAACAUCAAGUCUAUUGAAAAAGAUUACGAAGGACGAUUAUCUGAAAAUGGCUACACCAAUCAUCAGAAAAUUAUACAAUUGUCAUUUUCUAGCAUAUCAGAUCUUAGGGAUGACUGA